AUGGAGACUUUGUACUGUGUCCCGUUCUUUGUGCUCGAAUGUCCUAACUUGAAGCUGAAGAAGCCACCCUGGCUGCCCAUGCCGUUGGCCAUGACUGUGUAUGCUCUGGUGGUGGCGUCUUACUUCCUCAUCACCAGAGGAAUAAUUUAUGAUGUUAUUGUUGAACCUACAACUGUUGGUUCUAUGACUGAUGAACAUGGGCAUCAGAGGCCAGUAGCUUUCUUGGCCUACAGAGUAAAUGGACAGUAUAUUAUGGAAGGACUUGCAUCCAGCUUCCUGUUUACGGUGGGAGGUUUAGGUUUCAUAAUCCUGGACUGAUCGAAUGCACCAAAUAUCCCAAAACUCAAUAGAU